GGGAAAAAAGCCAAAAUCCCAGGGUUUGGGGCAACCAAGAGGAUGCGAGAUGGAAACCUUGAAGGAAUUAUCUAGCAGCAAGGAAUCAGGAAACUCAGAUAUGCUGUUUGCAUUACUUGCUCAGAAUGAGGAUCUUCGCAAAGAGAUCCCUCUGUGUGCAGGGUGCAAUCAGCACAUUGUGGAUCGCUUUAUCCUGAAGGUGUUGGACAGCCAUUGGCACAGCAAGUGCUUAAAAUGUCAUGAUUGCCAAAUUCAACUGGCAGAAAAAUGCUUCAGCAGAGGGGACAGUGUCUACUGCAAAGAGGACUUCUUCAAGAGAUUUGGAACUAAAUGUGCAGCCUGCCAACAGGGGAUUCCCCCUACCCAGGUGGUGAGGAGGGCACAGGAAUUUGUAUACCACCUGCACUGCUUUUCCUGUAUUGUGUGCAAGAGGCAGCUGGCCACUGGGGACGAGUUCUACCUGAUGGAGGACAGCAGGCUGGUGUGCAAGGUGGACUAUGAGACGGCGAAGCAGAGAGAAGCGGAAUCAACAGCUAAAAGGCCAAGAACUACGAUAACAGCGAAACAGUUGGAAACAUUAAAAAAUGCCUAUAAUAAUUCUCCGAAGCCAGCCAGGCACGUCAGAGAACAGCUGUCAUCCGAAACUGGCUUAGACAUGAGGGUAGUGCAGGUUUGGUUCCAGAACAGGAGAGCAAAGGAAAAAAGACUGAAAAAAGAUGCAGGGAGACAGAGGUGGGGACAGUAUUUCCGAAAUAUGAAAAGAUCGAGAGGGAAUUCUAAGUCCGAUAAGGAUAGCAUCCAGGACGAAGGACCGGACAGUGACGCGGAAGUCUCAUUUACUGAUGAGCCGUCUAUGUCUGAUCUGAGCCACUCCAAUGGGAUUUUCAACAGUUUGAGUGAGGCAUCGCCUGUAUUGGGCAGGCAGGCCGGAAGUAAUGGGGCUUUUUCAUUGGAACAUGGUGGAAUUCCAACCCAGGACCAGUAUCAUGAUGUGAGGUCCAACAGCCCCUAUGGAAUCCCUCAAUCCCCUGCUUCGAUACAAGCCAUGCCUGGUCACCAGCCUCUCAUUUCAAGUCUGGCCUUCACAGAUGUGGGUUUGGGUAUAAUGGGUCAAGGUGCUCAAGGUAUCCCACCUUCGAUGAGAGUACUAGGAGCAAAUGGACCAAAUUCUGACCUUUCUACCGGUAGUAGUGGUGGGUAUCCAGACUUCCCAGCAAGUCCAGCUUCUUGGUUAGAUGAGGUAGACCAUGCUCAAUUUUGAUAUGAGACUUCACCACCCUCGGCAUGGUCUACUCAGCGACUUCAUUAAUUUAAUAAAAAUAAGAACUUUUUUUAUCAGAUGAAAGAGUGGAAAUUAAGCAAAAAACAAUCAGAAGGAAUCGCCGUGAAAUUUGAUACAAAAGGCACAGACAAUAAUGGGAUUUAGAGACUCUUGAAGAAUGUAGGAAAUCUUCGUCCAACUCAACUAAUUCAGAUGUUCUUCUCAAAGUAUCACUAAAAUGAACCUGCUAUGUGUGGUCAUAGCUUAUUCCUAUGUAAUAUUGACAUAGAAAUUGAAGAGAGAGACUUCUACAAUCUUAUAGAUAAUCUCUUUAAAUGCAUCCAUAUAUUUGUGUUGUAUGCUACGACCUUAAUUACAUUUGACGUAUGAAGGUACUAUCACCAUUUCCCUAUCUUUAUAUAAAUUCCUAAAGGUAUGUGAAAGAGGCAAGCGUUCAGUCUAAUAAGUUAAUUCAUUUUUUAUUGAAUAUAAGGAUUUGUCAAGAAUGUUAAAAGAUUUCAUUUGUAGAUGUUUGGUGUCAAUAACUUAUGAAGUAGAUGUUUGCUCUGAAUCGUCGUGCUCCAUUCAAACACUGCUCUGCCUUUGCGAUCGGAUAACAAAACAUUUGUGGACGAGUUGAUACUUAAAGAA